AUGGAAAACCUCAAAUUAAUUUUAGUCUUGAUUUCAUGGCUCAACAUCUUAGCAAAUUCACAAACCCAAACAACUCGACAACUCACUCUUCGAAAUGUAAGUAUAAUCAAGCUCACAUUCUACACCCAUCCUACGUGGAUAGGGACCAACGAGACUCUUUACAGCGUGGCAAGGGCGAGCAUAACCGAUCAGGUGCCAUCAAGAUUCGGGGUCCUGGAGGUAUGUGAUGUCCUGGUGACAUAUGGACCUGAAAAUGAGUCAAAAAAAUUGGGUAGAAUCCAAGGAACUGCUACAUCGGUGGACUUAAAGGAGACGGCCUUUGGUGUGAUGCUCACCGUAGUUUUCACACAGGGGGAGUACAAAGGGAGCACCAUCAACCUUAUGGGAAGGAACCCAAUUAUGAACAAAGAAAGAGAGCUAGCCGUUGUUGGAGGUUCCGGUGCCUUCCCAAGGGCCUGGGGCUACGCCAUUACGUCGACUUAUUCUACUGAUGAGUAUGGGAUUAAUUUUGUUGCCAAAUAUGAUGUUGUAUUGUUUAAUGAGACGUAUGCAUAG